AACGCCGCGGCAGGUUGCCGAUUGCGUUCCUUACAGCACCGACUGGCCCUUGACCCUUAUUACCAGUAGCUAGUUCCUAAUUGUUUUUGCUGCCUAAAUGUCAGCAACAAUUAUAGCUAGAGCGUUUGGUAUUCCUAACCGUUGCCCUGUAGCUCGUCAGCGCUUGCACCGGACGACGCGAACGGCUUCAGCAUGGCAUGGCAAGCCGUUUAGCCGAUCGACUUUUACGCGCAUAGAAGCGCAGAAGAAUGGCGGACUUGGGGACGAGGACAUAGACGUCGCGGUCUUUCGCUUUACCCUUGGCAUAAAGGGUUUCGACGACCGCUUAAUACCACGGGUGGUUGGACUUGCCAUCGCAGCUCUCCUCGCGCUGAACCACGUCGCAGGGGCACAGCCUACACCUGACGCUCAGCUCCGAUCCGAAUGGCUGGGCCUGCUGCUGGCGGUGAUGUGCGUGCUGGUGCCGGAGAUAGAGGAGCGGCUGCGGGAGGCGAUGCCGGGACGUGGGCGGCAAAAAACCGCCGAAGCCAUCCCGGGCGCCGCAAACUGCUUCUUCCUGGAGCCCUCCCUACCCGAAAGCACGAAGAAGGAGCUGGCGUGGUGCUCCUUCGCGCUGCUCAAGAACACCAACUGCUGCGGAUUGCUGCUGGUGGCGGGCGACCGGGUGCUGCUGGCACGCGGGGCGCUGGGCUCGCAGCUGGUGAGGCCGGGGGACGCGGAGCGCUCCCUGGCCGCCAUGUCGCAGGAUUAUACUAGCGUUUGCAGCACCAGCAAGAUCUCGGAGGUGGCAUCGGGUGCCGUGUCGCAGCUGUGGCUUCCAGAACGUGGAGACUUCGGUGGGGCAGGCAUGCAGGCACUUGCGGUGCUGCCUGAGGGCGCGCAGUGCCUCCUAGCUCAGCACGUAGCGGCACAGAGCGGCCGACCCGCAGUGCUGCUGGUGUUUUCGGAGCGGCCGAGGGCUAUGGCUGAGCGUGAGCGCGGCUGGGUUGCUACAAUCGCGGACAAGCUAUCGGCGUUCGUUUGAUACUGUAUUGUAUGGCAGAAGGCUAGCCCUUUGCUGGACAUGGGUGCGUUGGAGCAUGUUGGAGGCUGGGG